GUGAGCCGUUCACUCAUUCCAUGUUCUCAAUUCUGCUGGAUCGAAAAAACCCUGCUCCAUCCAUCUCCAUCAUCAAGGUAGUUUUUGUCCGCGUAAGCAUUUGUUUUUCUGAUUUGCAUCGCGAGGAGAUAUUUUUGGCUGUGCGGUGAACGUUAAUUCCAUCAAAAAAUGUUGUCUGAUUGCACGUAGGAUAAGCCGUUGUGGGAAUAUAUAUAAUAUUAUUUAGUCAAACUGUGGGCGCCCGUCGCGCCGCAUAACAAUUCGCGAUCGAUUAUCAUUGUAUCGUCUGUGCGGGUUUUUUAUCCAUCGGCCCAGUGAAGAAGCGCAUUGUUGGUGCAGGAUCUUAACCAUUCCCGGUGCUGUGUCGACAGAGUCUUCACCACUAUUUCCCUCUUUUUAUUUCUCCGCUGCGAUCGACGAUCGAGGAUGGCCGGUGUGAGUGCGAUUAGCGCCGGUGUCCUGCUGGGCCUGCUACUAACGCAAGCUGUGAUGUGCGAGGAGAUCCCCGCCGCGAACCCGGCGCCCGAGGGCGCGGACACGCCCAGCUCGGAAGAGACCAGCGAGGCGGCGCUGCCGCCGGCGACCAUCGCCACGCAGGGCCAGCUGCUGAACGUCAAGGUGGGCGACCGGCUGGAGCUGCCGUGCGAGGUGGAGAACGUGGACAGCGGCGUGGUGGUGUGGCGGAAGGGCGCCAAGGCCCUCAGCAACGGUCCCCGCAUCUUUAGCCGCUCCGGGCAUCUCAAGAUCGAGGUCAAGGGCCGCAACUACAACCUGGUGAUCAGCAAGGCGCGGACGGACGACAAGGGCCAGUACACGUGCCUCGUGGAGCAGGAGAACGCCGUCAACAUCACGCACACCGUCACCGUCACCUACCCGCCGACGGUGGACGUGCAGCCGCUGCAGGACAGCACGGAGAUCCCCAAGGGCGACUCCUUCUCCGUCUCCUGCAUCACCACCGGCGAGCCGGAGCCCAGCGUCACCUGGAAGCUCAAGGACGAACUGGGGAACAGCCGCGAGCUGCCGGACUUUGCCGGGAUGCGCAACAUCACGGUGGAGCAGUUGAGCCGCGCGGACGCCGGCGAGUACCACUGCGUGGCCGACAACGGGGUCGGCGAGGCCGUGUCCAGCAGCGUCAAGAUCGUCGUCACCUUCCCGCCGGAAGUGAGCGAGACCAAGAGCUUGUUCUUAACGAAAGUGGGCGGCGACGCCAGUCUGCAGUGCGUCUUCUCGGCGUACCCGCCCGGCGAGGUGCAGGCCAACUGGUACCGCAUGGACAAGGCCGUGGAUGACGCCGCCAGCGCCGACGGCUUCAGCAAAGUGGAGGUGGGGGCGGACGAGCGGCACGCCAUCCAGACGGACGCCCAGGGCUCCACCAUCACCACCACGCUCACCGUGCGCAACGUCGAGGAGACCGACCUCAAGAAGUACGAGUGCGCCAUCCGCAACGACAAGGGCGCCGCCGAGCACAAACUCGAACUCUCCGCCCACGCCCACCCCGAGAAGGUACACCCGGCGGAGAGGCACAAGGAGCCGCAGGUGUACGGCGUGAAGAUGCGCGUCAAGUCCAUCAGUCCGGUGAAGCAGUACCGCAUCAUUUACCGCGAGAUUAACGAGACGCACGAGGGCGACGCGAAGGAGGAGCUGCUGGCCGGCGACGAGAAGGACGUCGUGGAGACGGAGAACGGCGUGAAGGUGUACGAGCGCGUCUACAUCAUCAAGAACCUGCGUCCGCUGGCCAACUACACCAUCAAGAUGGCCGCGCAGAACGACUACGGCUGGAGCCGCGACACCGACAUGCACCGCUUCUCCAUGGAGGACCCCACCAAGUCCGCCGCCAGCGGCCUGCAGGGCGGACCCACCGGGUCGUCGAUGAUAUUCUGCCGGAGCAACCUGCUGCUGCUGUCGAACGUGCUCUUGUGCUGGCUGCUGGCCCACGCCGCCACGCACUGGCCCGCCAGGCUCGCCUAACCGCCGCACCGGGCAGCAACGGAACAGCGCCGGACAUCGGCGCUGAACGAGACUACGACUGAACCAAAGAUGACCGUUUCGUUUUGUUGGGUGGGGGAAAUUAUAAAUUCUACGGGGAAUGGCACACUGCAACGGAUGGGACGGGACUGGACUGCACUGGCCAGAGACGUUAAUUUUGUUGAGUUGCCCGCGCCGGCUGUCACUACGGCAACCGCCCGGGACGCCGCCUCUUCUGUUUCUCUCUUCUGAAUCUGCAUCGUCUGCGCGCCCUGCUCAUCGCUGCGCUGAUCCGCUUCUGUUUCCGCCUCGCUUCGCUUCGCUCGUCUGCUCUGCGCCUGCACCGCUGAUCUUCAGUUGAGCUACACGACUACGCUCUUCGCUUGUGUUGCACACGUGAUGAUUGGUUGAUUAAUAAUUUUUUGUUGUUGUCCUUAAGUGGUGCACGUGCCGUGUCUGUUCAUGUACAUGUCCAGUUGAGAAUCUUAUUCAUUUUACAGGCAGAUUGAAUUGAAUUGAAUUGAAUUGAAUAGCAUUUAAUUCCGUUUUGUGAUACACUCAAUAAAACAACGCCACAA